AUGGCUCGAAGUACUGCCGAGGAAAUGGACAGGCUUCAACUUUCAGACGAGGAUACCGAAGAUCUCUGGGACUCGCCUUCAAAACGUGGAACUCGCCAUAAGUUCAAACCUCGGUCCUCAGACCCAACACCGCCGCCGGCACCAGCACCGGAACCGCGACAGCCUCGCGAUGACAGUGACACUAUGUUCGACAGACAGGAGGCACGAGAAGCAGCACUACACAACGAAUUACAGACUGUGCGAAAAAUCAACGAAGUGAUAGAGGGCCUUCUGGGCAGUAUCGACCGAGCCAAGGGAAACAUGGAUACCGUAUCGAGAACCGUUACCUCCGCAUCGACCCUCCUCAAUACGUGGACCCGAAUUCUAGCCCAAACCGAACAUAACAAACGUUUGAUUCUCGACCCGAAUUGGCAAGGUGCUACUCAAGAUGUGGCCGACAUGGAGAACGAGGAAACUCAGAAACGGCAAGCGGCGGAGCGGAGAGAACAGGCAUUGCUGCUGCAACGAGAAGCUGCGGCCCGUAAAGCAGAGGAGGAAGCCCAGCGACGGGCACUAUUAAGUACAAGAGGCACGCGAGGCACUAGUCGGGGUACUGUGCGUAGUACCGGCUUGGGGAGAACACCUAGCGUGAGCACCAGUCGACCCGGAGCUGUGCGGGGAUCAUCAACAACUGCGACUCGGCGACCAGUUAGUGGAAUUGCGCGUGGUGGUGGAACAACGCGGGGCAGGGGCACCAAGCCUUGA